AUGUUAUUCAAAUCAAUACUUACUUAUAUAUCCCUUGUUACAGCUGCUUUGGCCAUCCCUGCUAUUGAAGUACGUGGUAAUGCAUUUUGGAACACUGAAACAAACGAACGUUUCUAUAUUAGAGGUGUUGACUACCAACCCGGAGGAUCUUCGGAAUUAGAAGAUCCACUAGCAGAUACUGAUGUUUGUGAACGUGACAUUCCAUACUUCCAAGAACUAGGAAUCAAUACAGUUAGAGUGUAUUCAGUUGAUAAUACUAAAGACCAUGAUGAAUGUAUGGAUAGAUUAGCUGAGGCUGGUAUCUAUGUUAUAUUGGAUGUAAAUACUCCACAUUCAUCAAUUACUAGAUCUAAUGCUGAAUGUUCUUACAAUUCUGAUUAUUUACAAGAAGUAUUUGCUUCAGCACAACUAUUUGCUCAAUAUAAUAAUACUUUGGGUUUCUUUGCUGGAAAUGAAGUUAUUAACGAUGGCGCUUCAUUGGAUGCUGCUCCUUAUGUUAAAGCAGUAGUUAGAGAUUUGAAAACUUUUAUCAAGAAUAGAGGUUUUAGAACUAUUCCUGUUGGAUAUUCAGCUGCUAGUGUUGAUGAAUAUAGAUUGAGUUCGGGAUUAUAUUUCAAUUGUGGUGAUGAUGAAUUGGCAAGAAUUGACAUGUAUGGUAUAAAUGAUUAUUCAUGGUGUGGAGAUGCUAGUAUGACUACUUCACAAUAUUCACAAGAAUUGAAGGAUUUUAAAAACUUCACCGUCCCAUUGUUUUUUUCAGAAUUUGGAUGUAAUGCAAAGAAGCCAAGGCCAUUUUCAGAAAUUGAAUCGAUUUAUUCUACCGAUAUGUCUAGUGUAUUCUCCGGAGGAUUGGUUUAUGAAUAUUCAGAAGAAGAUAAUGAAUACGGAUUGGUGAAAUUAGAUGGUGAUGAUGUCACACCAAACCAAGAUUUUAAAAACUUGAAAAAUGAAUUCAACAAGACUGAAAACCCAAGUGGUGAUGGAGGAUAUUUAAAAUCUUCCGGUGGUAACAAUUGUCCUUCUAAAUCAUCACUUUGGAAUGUAACUGAAGAAAUCCCAGAUACUCCAGGUGGAGCUAUUAAAUACGUUAAAGGAUUAGCAGAACCUACAGGACAUGGAUUCGACGCUUAUGUUCAAGGUAAUUGUAACGGAAAUAAUGAUGUUGAUGAUUCAGGUAAUUAUACUAGUACUAUUGGUGCUUCAACUCAUUCUGCUGCCUCCACUGCUACUACUGCUCAACUGUCGAGUGCAUCGUCUAGUGUAUCUUCUUCUUCUAGUACAUCCUCAGGAUCAAAGGAGAAUGAAGGUGUUGUUGUUGCUGCUACUUCGGUAACUAGUGUUGUUGGGCUCUUGGCUUUAAUUGCUGGUUUCAUAGCCGUUUAG